AUGGCAGCAGGAAACCACUCCACAGUGACUGAGUUCCUCCUCACUGGGCUAACAGAAAAGCAAGAGCUCCAGUUGCCUCUCUUUCUUUUCUUCCUAGGAGUCUAUGUGGUCACAGCACUGGCGAAUCUGGGCAUGAUCACACUGAUUGGGCUCAGUUCUCACCUGCACACCCCCAUGUACUAUUUCCUCAGCAGUUUGUCCUUCACUGAUCUCUGCUGUUCCACUGUCAUUACCCCCAAAAUGCUGGUGAACUUCGUGACAGAAAAGAACAGCAUCUCCUACCUUGAAUGCAUGACUCAGCUCUACCUAUUUGCAUUUUUUAUUAUAUCAGAAGGCUCUAUGCUAGCUGUGAUGGCAUAUGAUCGCUAUGUUGCCAUCUGUAGUCUAUUGUUUUACAAUGUCACUAUGUCUUAUCAGGUCUGCUCCUGGCUGGUAGUUGAGGUAUAUAUGAUGGGUUUGAUUGGUGCCACAGCUCAUACAUUUUGCAUGCUUAAAGUGGUUUUCUGCAAGGCUAAAAUAACCAACCAUUACUUCUGUGAUCUUUUUCCACUACUGGAGCUGUCCUGCUCCAGCACUUAUAUCAAUGAAGGGGUAAUUUUGUGCUUCAGUACAUUUAAUAUUCUUGCAUCAAUCUUGACCAUCCUUGCCUCCUAUGUCUCCAUCAUUGCCAACAUUCUGCUCAUCCGCUCCACUGUGGGCAGGUCCAAAGCCUUCAGCACAUGCAGCUCCCACAUCACAGCUGUUACAAUCUUCUAUGGUUCUGCAGCAUUCAUGUACCUGCAGCCAUCAAGUGUUUGCUCCCUGAACCAAGGCAAAGUUUUAUACCAUUAUUUUUAUUUUGUAUUUUAUUUUAUGUUUUAUUAUUAUAUUUUAUACCAUUAUUGUGCCAAUGCUAAAUUCGCUGAUCUACAGCCUGAGGAAUAA